CUGGACUUGGCAGGAGAGCCAGGCCAAACUGAUACAGUAUUCUAAACUAUUUUACUAUAAUCCCUCUUCUACAUAGGCUGAGCUCUGAGGGCAUUAGUUUACUGUUUAUUAUAAAGGAGUUAGCUACAUUGCCCAGUGGGCUUGCAAUCAGCACAUAUGCCAAAAUAAUAGAUAGAAUAGCACAAACAGUACCUAGACAAAUUGGUACCGUCAAAGUCUACAGAAACAUUGGAGAAAUCUAAUAUGGAAGGUACUUGUACAGGAUCUGGCUGAGUGUGGUAGAGUUGAGGAGGGAAGAGUCUUUGUCAGGCACGAAUAGUAUGACACGAGUAGUAUGACACUGAUUAUGUGGAUGAUUAUGAUUAGUUUUAUUGCUAAUACAGUAUAUAACAUAAACAGGUCUAUAGGGUUGUAAUAUAAACAUGUUUUGCUAGAAACAUACAGGUUUACAGUCUUUGACCUUGCAGAAUGCAAAAUUACAAAGCAUCAAAGCACCUAUGGGAGCUACUUUGGGAUUUUAUCUCCAUACAUGACCAGAUUUCACUCUUUUCUUUUUCACACUUUUUUCACACUUUUACUUACCCAUCCAAAAGUGACUGUUUCCCAUCUUCAGGCUGGACAUACCCUGCAGGCAUCCCUGUUAAGGGGAAUAUCCACACAGAAGCUGCCUGCAACCUCGGGAGACCAGUUUACCCAGGUGGCCCAAUCUCCAUCAGCAUUUCAUACCCUUUUGCAGGCAGAUGUGUACCAAAGUCGUUUGCAAUCAUCACAGCUCCCCCGUCUCUGGAAUGUAUUCAUUAUGCAACCGUCCAGACAGUUCCUUUUGCAAUUCCCACCUGAUGUUCUUAAGAGGAAUAACAGUGCCCAUCAGAGACAGCAAGAGGGAGUGUAUGUGUGUGUGUAGGAUGAAUAAGAAGACCCAACUAUCUUUUGUUGCUGUUCCAUUGGGAUGGAGUUCAUAUUAGCCCAUAUGAUGCUGUGCUUUGCACUUGUGACUACAAUAGUGUUGAUAGCACACCAUUGUUUUGGCCAUUGCUGAGCAGUGCUAUCACAGCAUCAAGGCUUUCUUUCCAAACCACUCCUCCAAAGACCAAUAGGCAAGGUGUUGGAGGGGACACAGCAGGUAAACCAACAUCAGCUGACCAAAAUGAUGUCCCGUACCAUAUGAUAUCAUGCUCAAUACAACAAAGCUCAAUUUUAAAAGGUUACUGAUUUUAGGCAUUUACUAGAGAUAAUAUUAAAAGGUCUGAUUGUUUAAAGAUAACUUGUUCAGCAGUCCUUGAAAAUCAAGUCCCUCUUAAAAUCCUGCAUAUAAAAAUGAGUAUAUAAAGCCACUUGCAUUAGCUCCUAAAUUUAUUUGUGCGGUGGAUAUUUGAACAGCAGUGUGUACCUCCUAACAAAAGUAAUAGCAAGAUGAGCAAGUUUGGAAGUCUAUGAUACUUUUCUUUCUGAUGGCAAAACAGGUAAAUUACAGAGCUAUAGGAAAGAUUAUUGCUGGUGACUAUCUUUAUGUUAUGUAUUUGUGCUCCAUCUACUGAGCAGUAAUACAAUGUGAUUUUUCACAACUUCUGCAGGCUUGUCUUCACUCAAGCACGUGUAGUCAUUACAGUGGUCUACUUCAUCAUAGAUACACAGCAUAAUUUUUUGCUUCCUUGGGAUACAAUUAAACAUUUGUGGAUAUUGAAGAUUCUAUUUAUCAGUGCAUUGUUUUAAGUUUUAAAAUUUGGUGGCUGUGCAAUUAGUGUAACCAAGUGACAGAUGGAGUGCAGCAUGAUUAUAAUUCUUGUUUUUUUGGAGGCAAUUAACAGUGAAUGGAGAAGGUGCUAAUUACUGUAGCUGGUUGCAAUGCACUACCUAAUUUCUUGCCUUUGCUAAGCUUGCAGAGGAACCUAGAUGUUUUUUUGGAAGUUUGGCAGUGUAAAUUCAGUGGUAACUUCAGUGGUGUAGGCAAUUUUGUAGCAAAUUUGUCCUUGAUACCUCUUUGCUCAUUGCUCUUCCAACUUCAGGAAUAGUAGUAUUCUUUUAUUACUGUUGACUUUGUAAGAAGCAGUUUUUUGGCCAGCCUGGGAUCACUUUUUAUGUAUUUAUUAAUGUCUGGAAAGAAACAAAGGCAACCUAGAGAAAAAAGAAGCAGCCAUUAUUCUUUCCCAUUUAUAUAUUUACUAGAAAUUAUGGAACAGAAAAUCAUGGGAUUGUUGCGUUGGUUUUUGCUGGGAUAGAGUUAAUUUUCUUCAUAGUAGCUGGUAUGGGGCCAUGUUUUGGAUUUAUGCUGCCAACAGUGUUGAUAACUCAGAGACGUUUUCUUUAUUGCUGAGCAGCACUUGCACAACAUCAAGGUUUUUUCUGCUUCUCCUAUUGCCUUAACAGCAAAGAGGCUGGGGGAAAAAGAAGUUAUGAGGGGACACAGCUGUGAAAGCUAUGAAAGCUGACUCCAGCUGACCAAAGAGACAUUCUGUACCUUAAGGUGUCAUGCUUAGCAUAUAGAACUGGGGGAAGAAGAAGGAAGGCACAGGAGAUGUUUGGAGUGAUGGUGUUUGUCUUUCCAAGCCACUGUUAGUCAUGAUGGAGCCCUGCUUUCCUGGGGAUGGCUCAACACUUGCUCUUUGGAAGUGGUGAAUGAAUUCCUUGUUCUGCUUUGCUUGUGCACACAGCUUUUGCUUUACCUAUUAAACUGUCUUUAUCUCAAUCAUGGGUUUUCUCACUUUAUUCUCCUGGUUCUAUUCCCUGUCCCUCUGGGAUCAAGCAGCUGUGUGGUGCUUAGUUGCCAGCUGGGGUUAAACCACAAAAUUUGUAUAAUCUAAAAUGGAGAUGAGGAAGAAGAUCUAUAUUACCUCUUCAACAUCAGUAAAACAACCUACCAUUGAAGAGAAUAUCUGAUUUUACAAUUCCACACCGGAAUAAUGUCAGCCACAUGUACUCCAGUAUACCUAAAUCAUCAAGGUGGUUUUGAGUAACUUUCCACAACUACUUGUCGAGGCAACUUCCAAUAACUUCUGUGAGUAAAAUACUGCUGUGGUGACCUUUAAUAAUAGCUAAAAUACAGGGAGAUGCAAAGGGAGUGAAUUCCUGGACAAGGCUUCGCUCACACCUGAAAGUCACAUCAACCCAUUCAGUGCAACAUUCAGCUUCCAUUUGUUUGAGUCUGUUCAAAUCUGUUCCUUGAAACUUUUUUAUAUUCCUAAUCUGUGGUCAAAGUGCCCUUGAAGAGAAAAAGUCAUAUCAGAAAACAAAUUGUUUUGAACCACUUAGGGCCAAAUUUACCAUUAUAUGCUUUAAAGAUUGGGUAGAGUGCUCCUGUGAAAAGCUGGAGGCUGGAAUUUUCGUUAAAGCUGUGGCCUGUUGAUAUUAUGAGAGCUCCCAUCGCUUUCUCUGAAAUCAGUCAGUAUUUCUGAGUGUAAGGAUAGGUCACUGUGCUUUCUCUGCCAAUAACAGUUAAACUAGACAUGCUGCUCAUUCAUAAUUUAAGGUAAAUGUAUUCAGAAGUAUGUCUCUCUUCCAUCACUCAGCAAAUUUUUCUUAAAGUUUUCUAAUUUUUUUUUGCUUGAUUUUAAUUGUAAAAUCCCAACGUGACUUUUGUGGUUUUAGAAGAUAACAAAUUACUUCAGUCUUGUAUACUUAUUUUUUUCUCCAUACUGAAAGCAAACAGUAAAAUUUCUUCUAAUGGGAAGCUUGAAAUUUGCAAAAUGCUAUUAGUUUGUUCAUGUUAUUUCUAAGAAACAAGCUUACUAAUCUUAUGGAUCAAGCAGAGGGCACUGGCUUCCCAAAUGCUCAUUGAAACAGAAACUAUUAAUGAAGUAACUUUUUAAUUGGAAUCAACGAAGGAAAACUGGGGAUAGUGGAAUAUAUUUACAUGUGUUCCUUUAACUUCUCCCCCCUGAGAGAGAAAGGCAAGUGACAUUAUAGAUAUUGUGUACUACCUGUGGUUUCCUGCUUUCUCCUGCUCCAGUUGCACUGUCUGAAUGUUUUCUCCAGUCCACUGUGAUGAUCAGUCCUCAAUGUGUGUCUGCUCCUGGCACAGAUAAAACACUUUACCUCUUAACACCUUACAUAUCCUAUAUGGAGCACAAACUGAAAAAAAUGAUAUAGCAGCAAUCAGAGGCUAGCAAAAAGCUAUCUUAUUAACUCAAAAACUCUGACUUUCAAAAUAAGUGGUAAAGUUUGUUUGUCUGCUUUUUUCCCCAAGAUGCAACCUUGUACUGUAUUGUAACAGAAGCUUUUCCCCACAGAUCUCCUAUGCUGCUCUGGAACCACAGGCUGAUGCUCACUUUCUCACCCACAGCAUUGGAUGGAACAGUGAAUGAUAUAACCUCGCUGAACCACUACCCUGUCCUGCUCUUGAACAGGCCCUGAUAUGAAAAUCCACUCCUCAGUGAGCUUCAAUGGCUGCAUGUCUCUUACAGAGCAACCUAAUAUCAUGUGAAUAAGUGAAACCUUUGGCUGCCAGCAAGAAGCACUUGAAAGAAGCAUUAAUUAUUAAUAGUAAUAUUACUUCUUUUUUUUUUUAUAAACAACAAACCAAGUGCAAUUAGUGCUAAAAGAAAAAACUAAACACAAAAAGGUAUUUAGAUACAACAGUUGUUUCCAGGGAGAAAUACCAGAGCACAGAUUCUCUUAGAAAGCAAAAAGAUGGUGUAUUUUAAUCAAGAUUUCAGCAUCAGACCUAAAAGAAGGUUUCUCUACCCCUCAACAAGGGCAAAAAGUGCCUUGCUGACAUAGUUACCUUGCAUUUUUUCAGGCAGCAAAUAAAAUAGUUUGAACAAAUACGUCAUUUCUCCUCUAAGAGGUUGUAUGAGCAUCCAAAUGCUCAGUUUUAUACAGGGCUUACCUGUAGACAACAGUUGUUUUGUGUUAGUGUCAUUAGUCAUGUGAAAGUGGUACAGCUUCUCGCUGAAGGUGUAGUUGUACUGUUACAGGCCAUUUACAGAUGCAAAAAGACAGAUGUUAUACACAGAAGCAUCUCUACCCAUUCAAGUACAACCAGAUGUGCCAGGUGAAACUGUCCUGGCAAAGAUCUCUAAUUGAUAUAUCUUUCCUAAACUAAAUGAAGAAAGCUGAACUGGAAUUCGAUCUUCUGAUUAUGAUUGUGUCUCCUCCUUAAUAAUGGGCUGUGCUUUGUUUGUUUCUCACUGUGUAUUAAGACAAAGCUCCAACUGUCCUACUGCUAAGCCUGACUUCAGGUUGUAUUGGAAUCCCCAGCCCCAGAUGUUGGGAGAGGAGGGGGGCUGAAACUUCAGCUCUCUGGAGGAAAGGUUGCAGGCGAUGAAGAGGAAGAGCAGCUGAAGGAGCAGCUCUGAUAAAUAGGAUCUUUUAUCUUUUGGAAAAUGCAUUUAUCACACUCCUUGGCAAGCCCCUCGGAAGGAAUAGAAUGUGUUAGCUUCCAGACAUGAACACGUCCUCUCAAUUGUAUGUUUCUGAACUAAACUUGAGUGCCUUUGGUAGCAACUUUACUGGGCCUACUGUCAAGAGCAAGUCAUCGCCAUGUGAGCAAGUGGUCAUUGCAGCUGAGGUGUUCCUAACUCUGGGCAUCAUAAGCCUGCUUGAAAACAUCUUAGUUAUAUGUGCAAUAGUUAAGAACAAGAACUUGCAUUCACCAAUGUAUUUUUUUGUUUGCAGUUUAGCAGUGGCUGACAUGCUGGUUAGUGUGUCUAAUGCUUGGGAGACCAUAACGAUAUACUUAAUAAACAAUAGACACAUCAUUAUGGAAGAUGCCUUUGUCCGUCAUAUAGACAAUGUCUUUGAUUCAAUGAUUUGCAUAUCUGUGGUGGCUUCCAUGUGCAGUUUGUUGGCUAUAGCAGUAGACAGAUACAUCACUAUCUUCUAUGCCCUGCGCUAUCACAACAUCAUGACAGCGAAAAGAUCAGGGCUUAUUAUUGCAUGCAUCUGGACUUUUUGCACAGGCUGUGGCAUUAUCUUCAUUCUUUAUUAUGAAUCAACUUACGUGGUCAUUUGUCUCAUCACUAUGUUUUUUACCAUGUUGUUCCUCAUGGUCUCACUGUACAUCCAUAUGUUCCUCCUGGCUCGUACUCAUGUGAAGAAAAUUGCUGCUUUGCCUGGGUACAACUCUGUCCGUCAAAGAACCAGCAUGAAAGGAGCCAUCACUCUGACUAUGCUUCUUGGCAUCUUCAUUGUUUGCUGGGCUCCAUUCUUCCUUCAUCUCAUCCUGAUGAUCUCCUGCCCUCAAAACCUCUACUGUGUUUGCUUUAUGUCUCACUUCAACAUGUACCUCAUUCUCAUUAUGUGCAAUUCAGUGAUCGAUCCCUUGAUCUACGCCUUUCGUAGCCAGGAAAUGAGGAAGACCUUCAAAGAGAUAAUUUGUUGCUAUAGCCUGAGAGUGAUCUGUGGUUUAUCAGACAAGUAUUGAGAAAGCAAAACCAAAUCAAGAAAGAGAAUAGAAAUGCAACAUCUUGCCUCAUCUUAUAACUCUGCUGAAAUGCCUAUGGAACAUAGUUUCUCUGUUCAGCUGUGAUGAUUUCUGCAGCAAUCAGAACCUAUUUUUUAACAUGUGGUUUUACAUUUCUUUCCCUCCACACACCUCUGUCCUGCUGAUGGUAGGAGCUACUCAGUGCGUCUGUAUAAUGGGGAAAAGAAUAUUUUGAAUCUCAUUUACUCUACCAAAGGCUGAAUUUUUAAAAGGGAUUAUACAGAGAAAACCAUACUUUUCUUUCUGCUAAAUGCAAUGAGUGAGACCUGCCAUGUGAAUGAACCCAUCAUCCUUUCAAUAUGUGUUUCUUUUGAUAUUAUCUUUCUCUCUAGGGAAAAAAAUUGUCUCUCUAGGUAAAAAUAAGCCUGGCUUAUUUUGAUGUCCAGAAUUACCAGGUGGUGUUUUUUUUGGUUUUUUUUUUUUUUUUUUUUUUUUUUUACUAUUUCUUUCUAAAGAUAUAAAAUCAGAGAAGUAGCUCCAAUUAUCAAGCUUCACAUACCUUGGUCAACAAUUAUGACCAAUAUACAUGCACAUAUCAGCAGUCUUGUAUUCCAGUCAUGACUGUUACUGUCAUAAAAUGUGUAUUAUAUAAGAGGCCUAUGUUACCAUGAGAUUUUCCAGGUUGGAUACAGUACUUUGUCAUAUAUGACUAUCUGUGUUUUAAUCACACUGAUGUGUGAUGUAUCUUAGGUGGAUUUUAAGGCUGAAUAUGAAGACUGAGCUGAUUUGAGUUUGUCUGUUUUCUUUAUUCACCAGGGCUAGAGAAGUAAAGGGUACAUGACUCUAGAUAGUCAUGUAAUGUUUUGUGAAGAUCGAAAAACUUGGGUGAGUGCCUGCCUUUGAACAGACAUCAGAAAAACCUUUUGGCUGUGAGGAGCCUCUGUUACUGGAGGAAGUUGUUCUGUAGAUUGUAUAUUUCAAGCUGGGAGAGAAAAAACAAGUUUGAUAAUCAAAAACCAUAGCGGGCAAUGGCAAAAGAGGGAUUUCAAAACCUCAGGCACGUGUUGCUAUUACAAAGAGUCCUGACUUCUGCUCCCCAAAACAAACAGAUUUUGUCUUCGUUGAGAGGAUUCCAGGCUGAAACUCUCAUGCCUUUUGUGUGAGUAAUUUCCAUCUAGUCAUGCUUUCAUAAACGUGCUGUUCUGCAACAGCUGUGUAAUGUACAAAAUGUUGGAUUUAUCACAGAUGAAGGAAGUGGAAGUAUGGCAUUGAUUUCUUGAUGAGCAUGGAUGGUGCAUAUCUUGCACUGUGAUUUAAGCUAUGAAAAUAUUUCAAGUGGUGACAACCCACUAACUAGAUAUCGGAAAAAAUGGAAAAAUGAACUAUUCCUUCUGAAAUCUGAAAGAAUAAUGCUUGUUAUACUUGGUUUACAGAUGCAGUAAAACUCUUGUUCUCAAUAGAAGGAAUAUGAUUUAUUCCAUGGGUGUUAGGUUAUACCUUCAAGGUGAAAGUCCUGAUUCAGUUAUAGGAAAUUUUUUACAAUAAGGGUGGUCAAACAUAGGAACAGGCGCCCAGUUGUUGUGCAAACUCCAUCCUUAAAGAUAUUCAAAACUUGACUGUACUCAGCCCUGAACAAUCUGGUCAAAGUUGAAAGGUGAUUGACUUUGAAGUUGGCCCUGCUUUGAAUGAUUAGGAAUAGAUUACCUCUAUAGGUCUCUUCCAAACCAAGUUAUUUGGUGUUUCUAUGAAACAGUUUGCAUAUUAUGAUAAAAUGAUAAUUUUUCCCUCCUAAUUUUAUCUUUUGUGUAAGAAAAAUUGUAAGAUAUUCUCCUCCAAACAUUUAAAAAGAUAGAACACUUGUGUUUUCAUUUGCUUUGGAGGUCUCUGACAGGAGAAGUAAGGUGUAGCUUUAGCACUAGAGUUAUACAUUUUGUCUGCUGCACCUUAAAAGAUAUUAUUCCUCCAGCUCACACUUAUCUCACUCUAACAUGAGUGGGAAUGUUAUUCUCAGUGAAGAUAUCUUAUUGUGCUGACUGAUAUAAUGGUUAUAUCAGUGCACUAGGUUCUGGAAUCUUCCUUCAGCUACAUCUGAAAAUGGGAUUUCAGAGAUAUGUUUGUGGUCAGUAGUGAGAAUCUUGUCUUGUUUCAGUCCAUCUCUUGACCCCAUCCAUAAAUAGCACCUAAAUGUGGGCUCUUGCAACUAGGAAUGUAAAUGGCAAAAGGAGAUAGCUCCAUUGCAUAGUGAAAGGCAUCAGCUGAUGUAAAUAAAUCAUUCAAUCCUCACCAGGUAUUGCAAAUAAGACAGUCUUGUACAUAAUUGCAAAACGACAAAGGGGAAGCCAAAAGUGUAAAAGCUUUGGGUGUUUUCUUGAAUUGUAUAUUAAUUUUUUUGUUUUGUUUUGUUUGAAGUUUGUUUGAUGUAUAAACACAGACAUAUGAAGAAACUAUUAAACUGGAUUGCUGGAAAA